AUGGACUUGCAGAAACUCUUAAAAGCAGCUGUGGAUGCGAAAAACCUCAAGUUUGGCAAAAGCAUUCACGCCCAUCUUGUUGUUUCCAGUCAGUUUUCUCGAGACCACGUGAUCGAGAGGAACUCCGUGAUCAAUCUCUACUCGAAAUGCGGUGACAUGUCGAGUGCCCGCCAGCUGUUCGAUAAAAUGCGGAAGAAGAACAUUGUCUCUUGGGGUAGCAUAAUGGCUGGGUAUUUACAGCACGGGCGUGCUUCUGAGGUUAUAGAGCUGUGUAGGAACAUGUUUACAGAAGAUAAAUUGUGUCCAAACCAUUAUAUAUUAGCAACGGUUCUUUCGUCCUGUUCGCAUUGUGGGUUGCUGGAUGAGGGCAAACAGUGUCAUGGGUAUGGGUUGAAAUCUGGGCUGAUUUUUCACCAGUAUGUUAAGAACGCGCUUGUGUAUAUGUACUCGAUGUGUACUGAUAUCAAAGAAGCUAUUUCGGUUCUGGAUUCUCCUCCAAGAUCGGACAUUUGUACCUACAAUUCUGUGCUGAAUGGGAUCUUGGUUCAUGGCGACCUGACAGAAGCGUGGUACGUUUUGCACAGAAUGAUGGUGGAAUGUAAAUACGAUGCGUGGGAUGUUAUAACUUGUGUUGAUCUUUUCGGAAUUUGUGGCCGCCUUAAAGAUUCAAUUUUGGGAAAGCAAGUCCACUGCAGAGUAAUCAAGACUGGUGUUGAUUGUAAUCUGUUUGUAGGUAGUGCUACAGUAGAUAUGUAUGGAAAAUCCGGUGAAAUCUCGUACAUGCGAAAAGUUUUCGAUUCUUUGCAAACUAAAAACGAGGUUACUUGGACGGCGAUACUGACUGCUUAUUUACAGAACGAAUUCUUCGAAGAAGCACUCAAACAAUUUCUCCAAAUGGACCUCGAAAGAGUCGUACCGAACGAGUACACGUUCGCGGUGCUUUUGAACUCGUGUGCGGGUAUUUCAGCCCUUGGUUACGGUAGUUCAUUACACGCACGUCUCGAGAAAAUAGGGAUGAAGGAUGACACUGUUGUUGCCAAUGCCUUGAUCCACAUGUGUCUGAGAUGUGGCCUGAUAGAAGAAGCUAAUAUUGUAUUCAGAAAUACAUCACAUCGUGAUGUAAUAUCUUGGAAUUUGAUGAUAUCCGGUUACUCGUUUCACGGGCUAGGCGAAGAAGCGUUGAAUGUAUUUCAAGAAAUGUUAGUUGCGAAACAAAAACCGAGUUACGUAACCUUUGUCGGGGUUCUCUCUGCAUGUGGCUUCACUGGAAGAAUAGACGAAGGGUUCCAUUAUUUGAAUAAUACUAUGAGAGAAUUUGGGAUCGAACCUGGAUUAGAACACUACACAUGCAUAGUCGGGCUUCUUGGUAGGGCAG